CGAUUCCAAUUUAGUUUCCACUGAGCUGCCGUCGGCACAUUGGAGAUAAAGAUGCGCAUUCCCGUCGUUCUGGUGUGUCUGGUAAUAGGCAGUUGCUGCUUCACUCACGUCCGAGGAGCCCCGCCAACGCCUGAAGACAACAGCUCAAGCACCACAACAGCCACUCCCAACCUUGAGGAGAGGCAGCCGGCAGAUAAGGAAUCAAGUAGCAACACCACGGCCACACCUAAGUUGGAGGAGCAGGAGACGGCAGAUAAGGAGUCAAGCAGCAGCACCACGACCCCUCUUCAGUUGGAGGAGAAGGAGGCAGCAGAUAAGGAAUCAAGUAGCAGCACCAUAACGCCAGACGCAGAGGAUGCUGAGGUGAAACAGUUGCUAGAACAGUGCGAGACGCUGCGCAGGAAGCGUAAGAAGCGUGGCGGAUCCUCUUCAUCCGAGGAAAGCGAUGGAAGCGAUGGCAGCGAUGGCAGCGCUGGGAGCGAUGAGAGAAAGUCAGAGAAAAGGGAGCGCAGAAAGCUGAAGAAGAUGUGCAAGCGGCUCAGAAGGGAUCAGGAACGCAAGGAAAACAAUCAGCAAGACGUCAAUCUCACUGAAUUGUCCGAAGCCUUGCGCUCCUACAGCAGCCGUCAAAAGACAAGGAGCGGUCAAUAAAUAUUACCAGUUUUUUUUCUUUCGAAUAUAAGUACUUGAGAUUUAUGUUUGUUAUGGUAACAUGCAAUUACAAGUAUUAUGUCAAUAAAACAAUUCAAUUAGUGUUAUUGUCAAAAGCGGCACGAUAAGUGGAAGCGAAAA